GUUCAUUUACUAUUCUCAACUACGCACAGUGGACGAAAUGACCAAUCUGGCAUGGAUUAAUUAAAAUUUUCAAUUUUUAAAUUGCGUUUUCUUUUUUUUAAUAUUCGAUGGACAAUACAUUACUCCAACUCUUAACAAUUUUUGUUUUGUUUUUUCUUUAUAUUCGCACAGCUGCAAGCUUUCAAAGUUGACGUAUGGCGCGACAAGUGUAUGCAUACAUUUUCCCGCCUUUUUUCGGAAACAAGUGAAUAUUUGGAAAAUAUAUAACUAUGUUAAAUUUUUGGUGAUAUUAGUGUUUUAAUUGAAAGAAGCAGAUGGCUCUUGACGGCAAGACGAUAAUUAAAGAAGAAAUUACUGAUAAGGACGCCUAUGAGACUUCUGCACACAAUAAUUCUAGUCGACGGAACAAAGCUAACUCCUCCUCCAACUCUUCUUCCGGCAAGGACUCGAGCAACAGCAAUAACUCUUCGCAAACCAACGGCUGCGCUGGUGCAAGUGGUAGCAGUGGGGUGAGCAACUCUAGUUCGACUUGUUCGAAUCCGAACGCUAACGGAACGCGCAGUUGCCGCACCCCCGACUCUCCGGAGAGCGCACGGGCUAUUGCACCACGUUCACCUAUGUCACCACAACUGCAUCACUCUAGCCUGGCACCACCACCACCACGACCGAAUCGUAAUGCCAGCGCCUCACCGGUAGUGAAUGGAGCAACGACCACCACAUCACCGCCUCCACUACCCACACCACCUACACAGGCGGCACUGGCUGCUGCCGCUGCUGCAGCUACUGCUGCUGCAGUGCAUGCUGAGCAGACACGCCUACUUAGUAAGAUACGUAAAUUUCUUGGAUCUCUGGUACAGUUAGCGCAAGAGAUUCAUCCUGAAGUAAGUGAUCGUGUGCGUGCGCUAGUGCUCUCACUGGUCAGUGGUAGCAUAAGCAUUGAUGAGUUCCGCCUGACACUUCAAGAUGCCAUCAAUUUGCCAUUGCGUCCGUAUGUCAUUCCAUUACUCAAAAAUCACAUUUCCCUGCUGCAACGCGAGAUCUCCGAAUUAGCGCGUGCCAGUAAUCAGACUACACUACAAUACGUUACCACGAAUGAGAAUGUUGUAAUGGAGUUUUCUCCACACGGGCCUUCUGCGGAAUACAGUGACAUGUUCGUACACAUGGAUGCUGCGCAGGCUGCAGCUGCGGCAGCCGUUGUGCAAGCUACAGCGUCCAACAGCGCGGGUACUACCAGCCUCGUCUUUAAGCGGCGAGCUUCGGACACUCUAAUGGAACACCACAAUGGAAUACAAGACUGGAAUGAUUAUAUGGCCGCUUAUCCGCCGGCCAAGCGCGCCUUGCAUGCACAUUCGACUCAUUUAAACGCCGCAUCCGCCGAUGCACGUCUUGCAUUUACCAGUCAACCAACCAUUUUUGAUUACUCGGCGGCAGCCAGUAGCACGUCAGCAAUUACUCAAUCCGAGAAUAAUUUCAACAGCCUUAUGGAGAAGGCAAAUCAUAGGGAAGAUCGUGAUCUGCGAGUUAAUACCGUUGCUGAAAAUGCAGCGCAACGACAUCCUCCACGGUCUGGUCCCCCAACCACAAGCACUAGUGCGGUUGGUGCUGGCAGCGUCAAUCCCACACUCGGCGGCGAAGAGGAAUGGAAGAAUAUACACACCAUGCUGAACUGUAUCUCGGCAAUGGUGGAUAAGACAAAACGGGCGAUUACCAUCUUGCAACAGCGGGGCGUAGAGCCCCAACAGCUCAACUACAGUGAAGUUACACCAGCAUCACUGGCCGAAAUACGACGUCAGACUGAAGAGAAGGUGGCUGAGUUCAAACGAAAUGCCGAAGAAGCAGUCAACCAGGUGAAACGACAGGCGGUGAUUGAAAUACAGCGUGCAGUGGUAGCAGCAGAAACACGCGCAUCAGAAGUGAUGUCACAGGAACGCUUGCGUAUGGAAAAGUUUUUCGUCGAGAUGAGUCGCCAUUCAGGUGGUAUCCACAAUUCCAGUGCAGCUAUCGCAGGUGUAGCAGCAGCAACCGUGCCAGCCGAACGUGAAAUGGACAACAAGUCUCCCUCGAUUACAGCCGGCCAAAAUGCUUGCUGGAAUUGUGGACGUAAAGCAACCGAAACUUGUUCUGGCUGCAAUUUGGCCCGUUAUUGUGGCGCUUUCUGCCAGCAUAAGGAUUGGGAACACCAUCACCAGAUUUGCGGCACUACGCGAUCAUCUGAUAUUUCUGCUAAACACAGUGUGUCUCAGGGGAUCCCACUUACGGCAAACAUGCGUGGCUCCAUCUCUAGAUCCCCGCCUAAUCAGCCGCAGUCAACGUCUCAAGUGCCGCAGCCACAGAACUCAGGCAGCAGCAGUGUUGCGCCACCGACUUCACUCGUGGCGAACGGGGUCGGCUCCAAAUGACGCAUUCGCAUGAUGAAACCGA